AUGUUUAUUGUGUCUGGAGAUAAAUUAUACGACCAUGUGCACAUUACUUCGCACUCCCUUGCACUUUUUAUAAUUUUCAACAGUGCAGGUUUUAAAAUUUCCCUCUCCGAAAUAUUCUCGUUGAUUUUGCAGAAAGCACUGGAAAAAGGUUUUCAAACUGUCAGAGUCAGAGUGAGAGGCCUUGGACCAGGCAGAAUGGCAUCACUUAAAGGUCUCCAAAUGGGAGGUAUGGAUAUAAUAUCGGUAACAGAUAAUACGAGAGUGACGUGGACUCCCUUGAGACCGAGGAAAGCGAGGAGAGUGUAGAGGGAAACAAAUAUCUAAAAAAUAACUAAUAAAAAUAAAUUGUACAAAAUAU